CGGCCCAUUUGACACCUCUAUGUAUAUAUACAACUUAAGUGUACUGUCUUGUGUGUCUUCAAAUGCAGAGGAAAAUGAAGACACCCGUGAGUAAAGCUUUCCUUCUUGUUCUUCUCUUUGCUUUUCUAGGAUCUGAGGCAAGAAUUCUGCCAGAAAUACAACUUGACAUAUUGAUUCAGUUUGUCCCAACAGUCUCAUCUCUACCCUCAUCACCACCUAGUCAAGAAACAACACCAACCGACGAUUACGGAAGGCACGGGAGGCCGCAACCGCCCUCGCCAACGUCACCUUCAGCUCCGUCGCCAAUCAAAGAGGUACUACCAAGGCCAUUGCUUAAUGCUAAAACAACUACUUACGGAAGGCCCUCGAAUCCACCACCUCCGUCUCCAAGAGAGGCACCACCAACCGACGAGGUAUCUGUAACGAUGACCGAUUGUGUCUGGGCAGCCAGUACUGGACUGGGGCUUGAAAUUUCAACACCAAAUCCCAGCUUGGCCUCAACCUGAACGGAUUUCUACUCAUUGGAGUCAAAGGCAUAUAUUGCUUGUGGUAUAAAAAAGGAGGACGUACUUCAGUUGAAACAGUAUUAGUAGUUGUGGCAGGAAACAGAAUAUGUGGAUUAGGUGUAAAAUUAUCAGAAAGGGAGUGAGCUUUCUAGUUCAUAGAGGCAAUAUUGUAAGAGGUAAUGUAAACUAUUGUACCAGUACUUUUUGAAUGGCUUGAAAAACCACUGGCCUUGUAGGCCUGUAUUGAAAGA